AUGAAUUGUGAGGGUGUCGAAUAAUAAAAGCAACAAUGCAAGGGCCAAAUAGGAGUGUUAUUAUGCUUAAAUCUGUAGGUUUUCCUUUGGAAGUCAACACCACCAUGCACAAAGGCACUGACAACAAAACGGGUGUGUUCUCUGUGAACAGAUGCAUGACAUACACACUGGGUAGGAGAUUUGUUUCUUUGAACAUAACUUUGACGGGCAAGGCCGAUCGUGUAAACAAUGUACUCCUCGAAAUCUUUGAAAAAAAUGGGUAGCAGAUUUCUUUCUUUGAACAUAACUACGAUGGGCAACGCCAAAGGUGUAAGCAAUGUACUCCUCAACAUCUCCGAAAACAAUGGAUCAUUAUUUCGUGCCACCUUUGUCGAGCACAGAACUUUUUCAGUACAAUUGCCACGAGACUGGUUCAGCAGGUUUUUUCAUUCUGGAAAAGAAGAUCAUCAAGGGAGUUGUGGAGAGUGUGAAGGCCACACACGCCUUUGUCUUCGGCGAUGGUGAAACUAUGAACGUCAAAAUAAAAGUAAAAUAUGAGAAAAGAGUUGGGUUGAUUGUUGAGGUGAAAGAGCCUGUGAAGCUUACUGUGGAUCAUAUAAUUCAUCUGAUAUCGAGAAUCGACGGAAAGAUGGAAAGUAUGUCGGUCGCUGGCGCUCUCAAAAAACCCAACCAGCUGCUCCCAUCUAUAGACGACGAGGAAGCGGUGACUGUUGGGCCUGACAAAAUUUCGGUGGCCGGCGCCGCCUUCAAAGCAGACGGCGAGAUCCAAUUUAAUAAUUGAUUAAGUCUGAAAAAAUAAAUAUAAGCGUACCUAGCUAAAAAAAAUUAUGAGGUUUAAUUUUUACUUUAUUUAUUUAUUUAUUUUUAUCAUUCACUUUAAGGUUUUUACACGAUAAUUAAUUAAGAAAUCGAAAACAAGUAGUAUCAUUGAUAGGGGAUACUCUUGCUUAAGUUAGGUAAGUUUGCUGCGAGCAGUCGAAACUUUGAAUAUUUAAUAUAUCUGCUAUUCAUGAAUUAAAUAUGAGAUCAUUUGUUAAACUUAAAGAACUCGAUCCGUUGUAAAAAUUAUGGAUAAGUAUAUUUAUCAAUAUAUAAUAAAUUCUCAAAAACAUCAUCUUCCACGCUACACAAUGAUUAUUAAAAUUAUUAAUCUUCAAUUAUUUAGGUGAUCAAGAUUGACGAUUAUUAAUGCACAAAGAAAUUAAAUAUAUAAAAAAGAAAGAAUAAAAAAAAAAGCAACUAAGUAACAGUUAGGAGGUUUAGUUAUUAUGAACAAAGAUGGGGAAUUUUGACUUAGUUGUCUGUUUAUCAAUUAUCAACUUUUUUAUUUUAAAUUCAUUAAUUACUCAAUGAUUAUAUAAUAUUGUUAGUAUUUUUUAAAAUUACAUCUUCAAUUAUUAUGCAAGAUAUAAAAUUAGAAAAACAUAAUGUUUCAAUAAGUUUGAUGAUUUAGUAACUAAUUUAGGAUUAAGAUUAAUUUUACAAAAUCUUGAAUUCAGUUUCUUUUAUAAGUCCAUUAAUUGGCAACUAACUUUAAUAAUAAUAAGGUUGAUUCCUUGAUAACAAUUAAAGCAAAAAAACAAACGCUAUGGCCUAUGGAAAGAGAAAUAUGAAUUCAUUGAAGAAAACGAAAUCCAGAUAAAGCUCACAACAUGAGGUCUAUAAAAUUCAAAAUUUAAAUAUAAGAGAAAGAAAAAAUAGGUCAAAACUUACAACAAAAUAGACAAAAAUGAAGCAUAAAACGAAUCUCUGUCAAAAUAGUUAGGGAUUGAUUGUUCGAUUUGAAUUAGUUUUUCUUUGAAAUUUCUUUCUAUUCAAUAAAAAAAAAAUUACAGUUCAUAAAUUCAAAUAUAUUUAAUAAAAUUAUUUUUAUUUUAUUAUUUAUAUGAGAGUAAAUUAGAAAAAGAAAAAAAAUUGAACAUAUAUUUUAGGAUAUUUAUCAUUUUGUUUGUUUUAGUUUGACUUAACAUAUGAGAAUUAAAAAUUAAGUCAAAACUAUCUAAAAGAAUGUGAUUGUUUAAUUAAUAGUUUUUUUAAUUUCAAUUUGUUUUUAUUAAUUUAGCGGUUAAAAUAGUUUGAAUAAGUUUAUAUAUAUUCUUACUAGUCUAUUACUAACACUGUUGUAAGUGCUCUAAGGUUUAGAUAUCUCUUAUACUCUUAAUUAAUAAAAUUAUGUGGCUUAAUUUU